GCGGGCCAGGAGCUCCCCACGCCUCCCCGGGCCGUCAUCUGUUUCCCACCCUCCUCCGACCGGAGUCCCGAGGCGCUGGCCGCGGUGCUGAAGCAGCGCUCUCCGAGGAGGGAGGAAGGAGGGGCCGGGCCGCGGCGAAGAGGCGGAGCUCUAUGAAGCUCUGAGCUGGAAAGGGGGGAGGGGCAGGGCGGCGCCAGCAGGCCCGAGACCCUGGCAGGCUUGAGAGGAGGCAGGAGACUGGAGACAGCCUGGCUAGAGUGGACAAAGGCAUCUGGACAAUCUUCCUCGGAAGAAACCAAGGUUGUCGUCCUUGUCUUAUAAAUCCUCUCUCUUCUACCUUGGAGGGACCCUCACCUUUUGUCCUGACCUCAGCCUCGUUCCCAAACCCAUCCGAGGAGUGACUGACUUCUAGGCUUUUCUGUCUGCGAAGCCACUAGCUUACAGCCCACAAGACCCCAGGUGAGGGCCUACUGCCUCACCAUGGUGAAGUUGCUGCCCGCCCAGGAGGCAGCCAAGAUCUACCACACCAACUAUGUGCGCAACUCGAGGGCUGUGGGUGUGAUGUGGGGCACACUCACCAUCUGUUUUUCGGUGCUUGUUAUGGCCCUCUUUAUCCAGCCCUACUGGAUUGGUGACAGCGUUAACACACCCCAGGCAGGCUACUUUGGCCUUUUCUCCUACUGUGUGGGCAACGUGCUGUCCUCUGAGCUCAUCUGCAAGGGUGGCCCGCUGGACUUCUCUUCCAUUCCUUCUAGAGCUUUCAAGACUGCCAUGUUUUUUGUGGCCUUGGCCAUGUUCCUCAUCAUUGGCUCCAUCAUCUGCUUUAGCCUCUUCUUCGUCUGCAACACGGCCACUGUCUACAAGAUCUGUGCAUGGAUGCAGCUGGCUGCAGCCACAGGCCUCAUGAUCGGCUGCCUGGUCUACCCGGAUGGCUGGGACUCAAGUGAGGUGCGACGCAUGUGUGGGGAGCAGACGGGCAAGUACACGCUGGGUCAGUGCACCAUCCGCUGGGCCUUCAUGCUGGCCAUCCUCAGCAUCGGAGACGCCCUCAUCCUCUCCUUUCUGGCCUUCGUGCUGGGCUACCGGCAGGACAAGCUCCUCCCCGAUGACUACAAGGCCGAUGGAAAAGAGGAAGUCUGAAGCAGCUGGCGUGCUGGUCAAUGGAAAAUUAAGGAAUCGAAUUCUUCAGUGAUAAAAACUUGUUCCGUCCACGCUUCCCUGUUCCUGGCCACUAUAGGUCUGCUACCCUGAAGCCUUUCACUAUAGGAUUAGAACCUGACACUCUCCUGAGACAAGACCUCCUACCGUAUGCAGAACACUUUCAGGAGGAGCAGAACUACAGUGACCCACAUUAAAGAUAUUCAGAGAGACAUGGGCGGUACUCUCCUGACGGGGCCCCAGUUCUCAUCGUAUCCCCUUCAUACCGGCGAUCACGUUACUCCCUGGAGGCCUCUCCUCUGGAAAAUGAGAGGGCUGAGUCCACGUCUCAGGGCUUCCCAGGUCUGAGUCUCGAGAGCCUAAGGAUGCAUUCGUUUGCAGGCACACCAGACACUGCCACCCAGCUCUCAAAGGGCAGCUGAGGGAGAGGCGGUUGUCAUGCUAGAUCAUUUCAGGUUGGGGCUUAGGGGGUCCUUUGCUUCUCCUUUCUUAACUGUUUUCUCGUUGAUGAUCAGAGGUGGGUAAGGAAUGGAGGGGCCACCAGAACCCAAAUCUAUCAGGAAGUCCUAUAAAGACUGGGUGAACAUAGGAUCUAAAAACUUAGGAGAGUAAACUCCAUUACGUUCCCUCAUAGUGCCCACUCCGACCCAAUCAGGACUGGCCCCCAGCUUAAGAAAUUUGUUACUUGUGUCCAAGUAAUUUGUUUUAGUAAUAGAUUACAUUUCUUGUAAGAACAAAACCAAACGACUUUGGAUUCGGCACUCAAUGGUGAAUCUUUUGCCAGCCUCCAGAGGGGAGCUUGAUUUAGGGAAUACCUCCUUGUAGCAAAGAUGACAGGUUCUUUAGGCUAUUCCCUGCCUGGAGAUGGUACCUAGAAACAGGGCUUGCUGAUUAUCUGCAGUGGAUAAUCCUGAGAGGUAGGUAGUUUUUCCUGGUCUUGCGCAUUUACGUGGUGAAGAGAAAAUGUAGCUGCUGGUAGAGGAGGGGAGGUAAACACAGAACGAAUCUGUAAUGGAUCUUGUUACUUGAUCAAGGAGCAGUCACUGAUAAAGUUUCUCAUUCCUGGGCUGUAAGGGCACUUUUUUUUUUUAAAGUGAACUCUGCCUUCCAACAUGGGGUUUGAACUCAUGACUUUGGCAAGAGUCCCAUGCUCUACCAACUGAGCCAGCCAGGCACCCCUGUAGGGCAUGCUUUUUAACCAAUGCCCUGACAACCCACCCAGUCAGUGAGGUUUCUUCUACAGUUCAGAUGGAUUUGGAAUGAGCACCCCAGCAUCGUCCUGUUGUUGGUAAUGGGAACUAUUGGAGUGAGACUUAAGAACAAUCAUAUUCAGAGGUGCCUUAGUGGCUCAGUUGGGUAAGCAUCUGACUCUUGCUCUUGGCUCAGGCCUUGAUGUCAGGGUUGUGAGUUCAAGUCCCGUGUUGGGUAGUACACGUGAAGCCUACUUAAAAAAAAAAAAAUCCCAUUCAUAUUUUCUUGUGUUGAUAAAAUUAUUUCAGUCAGGCAUUUACUUUAUGCAAACUUGAUGGACAACAGAAUUUGACAAUUUUUGUAGCUUAGUGCCUUUUCUACUUUACAUCCAUUUAUUUCUCAUAAUUUUACUUUUCAUAUGAAAAGAAACAUUUCUAAGUCUACCUUCUCAAAAUUUCUCACUACAAUGGCAACCAUGGUGGUCCACAGAAGCUUCUGGGGAACUUAAGGAGCAUCUGCCAAUAGCCUGCACCUUGCUCUUGCCAGGAACAGCACGUUUCACGAAAGCAGGAGUCGGUUUACUAAUGACCAGUCCUGGGGAAGGAUCUGCAAAUCUGUUUAGGAGUCAGCCAGCAUUUCACCUUUUGCUUGACCUUCAAAGAAACUCAGAAUUCAACCUCUCCAAUCACAGUAAUGAUUUUGGUUGAAAGCUAGUAACUGCUUAUCAGCUCAAGUGGCUUUACCUUAAACUCCUAAGGGCACCUUGAAUCUCAUCUUUGAAAGUACAUAGAAAAUCAAUAAAAUCAGCACCUGUCUAACCAA